GGGGGGCAGAGGGUUCCGGUAGCCGGUGCGCGGCCGCAGCUGGCGGCGGUGCCGGGAUAGCCGGGAUAACCGGGACACCCCGCGGGCCCCCAGCCGGUGCCGAUGCCGAGGAGCAGCUGACGGCGGCGGGGACGCGGAAAUGGAGCCGCGGCCGGGCCGGGCCGUGCGGGCGCUGUGCGGCCUCUUCCUCCUUCUCCUCCUCGUCCUGCAGCAUCCCGGGCGCGCCGAGCGGGCCCCCGGCUCCCACCUGGACGACUCGGCCAUCGCAGAGUUCUGCCGCAUCGACAAGGCCCUGUGCCACGAUGAGGAUGAGCAGCUGAGCUUCGAGGCCGUGCGCAACAUCCACAAGCAGAUGGACGACGACGCCAACGGCAACGUGGACGUGGAGGAGAGCGACGAGUUCUUGAGGGAAGACUUGAAUUACCAUGACCCAGCAGUCAAGCACAGCACUUUCCAUGGAGAGGACAAGCUCAUCAGUGUGGAGGACCUCUGGAAGGCCUGGAAAACAUCAGAAGUGUACAACUGGACGGUGGACGAGGUGGUGCAGUGGCUCAUCUCCUACGUGGAGCUGCCCCAAUAUGAGGAGACCUUCCGCAAGCUGCAGCUCAGCGGCCACGCCAUGCCCAGGCUGGCAGUGAACAACGCCACCAUGAUGGGCACGGUGCUGAAGAUGACCGACCGCAGCCACCGGCAGAAGCUGCAGCUCAAGGCUCUGGACACGGUGCUCUUUGGGCCUCCUCUGUUGACUCGUCACAACCACCUCAAGGACUUCAUGCUGGUGGUGUCCAUCGUCAUCGGCGUGGGCGGCUGCUGGUUCGCCUACAUCCAGAACCGCUACUCCAAGGAGCACAUGAAGAAGAUGAUGAAGGACCUGGAGGGUCUCCACAGGGCUGAGCAGUCUCUCCAUGACCUGCAGGAGAGGCUGCAGAAGGCGCAGGAGGAGCACCGUUCUGUGGAGGUGGAGAAGGUGCACCUGGAGAAGAAGCUGCAGGACGAGAUCAGCAUUGCCAAGCAGGAGGCGCACCGGCUGCGGGAGCUGCGCGAGGGCACCGAGAACGAGCUCAGCCGGCAGAAGUACGCUGAGCAGGAGCUGGAGCAGGUGCGGAUGGCGCUGAAGAACGCGGAGAAGGAGCUGGAGUCCCACUGCAGCUGGGCUGCCCCCGAGGCCCUGCAGAAGUGGCUGCAGCUGACCCACGAGGUGGAGGUGCAGUACUACAACAUCAAGAAGCAGAACGCAGAGAAGCAGCUGCUGGUGGCCAAGGAAGGGGCUGAAAAGAUCAAAAAGAAGCGAAACACCCUUUUUGGGACGUUCCAUGUCGCUCACAGUUCCUCUCUGGAUGAUGUGGAUCAUAAAAUCCUAACUGCAAAACAGGCGCUGAGCGAGGUGACGGCGGCGCUGCGGGAGCGGCUGCACCGCUGGCAGCAGAUCGAGCUGCUCUGCGGCUUCCAGAUCGUCAACAACCCCGGCAUCCCCUCGCUGGCCUCGGCCCUCAACAUCGACCCGGGCUGGAUGGGCACGCCCCGGCCCAACCCCUCCCACUUCAUCAUCACCGACGACGUGGAUGACCUGGACGAGGAGCUGGUGUCACCCAUGUCCAUGCAAUCUCCGGCCUUGCCCAGCACAGUCCGGCAGCGCCUGGUGGAGCCGCAGCACGGCCACGGAUCGCAGAGGUUGGUAGAGAGUCUCGUGCCGGGGCAGCCCGAGGCGGGCCCCGUGGCCCCGCUGCGCGCGGGCCGAGUGUCCCUGCGCCGAAUGCACAGCCUCACCUCCGGACAGUCCUUCGGCUCCGACCCGCCCGGCUCCAGCCCAUCGCCUGCCUCCACCUCCUCCACCUCCUGCUCCUCAUCCGCCACCACCGCACCUGCUCCUGCUUGCCAUGUCCACCCUAUCUAUUACCAUCACACCACCUCUUAUUUCCUCCAGAUGGAUUCCAUCCCCGACCUGCCCCCUCCUGAUGUCACCUCUGGAGUUCGCUGUCGCACUGGGAGCUUUGGAGAUUUAACUCGCUGCGACUCCGACUCCUCCAUCCCGCACCUGAGCGACCACCAGCGUAUCCCCAGCUCGGCGCCCAAGCUGCUGGCUGCCCGGCCCACGCUGCUGACCAGGUCCAUGGAGGAGGCUGUCCCCGCGGCGCCGGGCCCCGGCGCGCCCACGCCCAACGGCGGCAGCCGGCACGGGGAGCCCUCCGCCCUGGCGGCCUUGCAGGAGCGGCUGCCCGAGAGCCCCAUGGCGAUGAAGAAGAUGAUGACGGUGAACCACGGCAUGGAGAAGUCCUCCAGCCUGGGGGAGAUCAGCCACCACCCGACGGGCGGCAAGCCCAGCCACUCGGAUUCGUCCCGGUCGCACAGCCCCAGCUCCACCGACCCCGACACCCCCUCCCCCAUCUCUGACUGCCGGCCCAGCGGCGCCAGGAACACCCGCAUCCCGCAGCUGGCCGCCAAGAAGAGCCCGGGGGACGAGGACAGCAGCCUGACGGGCGACGAGGUUGACCUCGGCCAGAGCAAGAAAAAGUUCCCCCUAAAGAUCUUCAAGAAGCCCAAGAAGUAGGGGGGGAGCCCCCCGGACGCGUCCCGCCGGGCCCGGGGCCGGCCGUGCACCGGGAACGCAGCGCGGCCCCGGCUCCCUCCGCUCCCCGAGUCACCCCGGCGCCGGCACGGGAGGAGCUAUUUAAACUUAUUUAUUUCCUCAUCUCCGAGACGAGAAGCGCGACGCCGCCGGCUCCCCGCGAGAAGAGCCGCCCCUGCCCUCCCUCCGACCGCUGCGGUCCCGGCUUUGCUGUGCAUGGCUUCCAGUUACUCCUGCUCUGCUCAGCCACGCGGCCUUUGGGUUUGGUUUCAAUGUGGUUUUAUUUUUUUUUUUUUAAUUUUAUUUUUUAUUAUUGUUAUUGUUUUCCUGCCUCCUCCGACUGUUCCCCAGGCUGAGGGCGGGCCGGGGCCGCUCGGCGCUGCCCCCGGGUGACUCCGCUCGCAGCGGUUCUCUCUCCCUCAUUGCUCCGAGUCACUUUCCCAGCCUGGCUGCGCCCCUGGCACGGGGAUCCCGUCCCGAGCAGCUCUCGCUGCGCAGGAGCAGGGGAGGACUCUGCCCUUGCCGCCGGUACUUGUGUGCUCCCGGUGCCGCCGGGGGCCGCGGGGACGGGGCUGUCCCCGCACUGCCCUGCCCGGUGCCCGGGGAGGUCGGGACACGGGGCAGGGACACGCCUGGCCCAGCUGUGCUUCCCUGGUGCCCUGCACUGCUCCGAACCCACCGUGCCCGGGACCUGGCUGGGGACCCUGGUGACAGGG